AUGCCCAGCAAUAGCAAUGGUUUGAAUGGUUAUGUUGAGGAGACAGCAUAUGAUAAAAGGAGCCUGCGAGGUAGAUACUAUGGAAUGUUCGGGGACCAAACAGGGUCUCAUCUUCAAGAAAGAGAUCAUCGGUGGCAUCCGCUUCAAGACUUAGUGGGUUCAAUCGAUCAUGCUCAGGAAAGUAUGCAUACUCACAACCGUCACGGCCACAGACAGGAUCACGACCAUGAAAGCGAUGACGAAUAUGAUUUUGGAGAUAAUAACAAUGACGAUGAUGACAACGACGAUGAUGACGACGACGAUGAUGACGAUGACAAAGAUGACGGCAAUGAAAAGGAUGCCGAUGAAAAAGACCACGACGACGAUGCGAAAGAUGAUAUUAAAGACAGUAACGACAGGAGCAAUCAAAGCGCCAGCGACCAGAACGCACAGUCCAGCGUCCUGACAAAGUUGGAUGGUAUUAAUAUUGGCAACACUAUCACGAUCGUCAACAUUGGCACUGCAGUUCAACAGGCUGGCAACAAUGGAUCCAGGGACAAUGAGCUGAAUGAUAACACACUAGCACUCAAUGAUAGCGGUGGUGCGUCUGUCAUCUUUGCGGGCGCUCAAGCUUUUUGUGGCUCAAUUGGCUGCAAUUCUUCGCAAAGACCACUAAGCACCGACAAUAACUCCAGCUAUAUGAGUCUGUCGACCAUGCCUUCUGUCGCUGGCAGUAAUGUUACAAAAGACGACGACGUUCGAUGCAAAAUUCCCGCGAUGAGCAAUGAAAGCAAUACGGCGGCCAAGUGGUUAGCAAAAUGGCUGCUUCUUGUUGCUGUUUUCAUCGAACUCCGUCGUUUCUAG